GGGACAUGAUGCUGUGAUCCCCAUGUACUGACUCAAGCAAGCCAUCAAAAAACCAACAAGAAUUUCUGCCUUCAGUAUUUUUAGGGAUAAAGAAGAGAGUUUGAAAUGGAAGCAUCCAACCAAUCUGCUGUGACAGAAUUUGUUUUGCUUGGCCUCUCUGCCCAUCCAAAACUAGAGAAAACGUUCUUUGUGCUCAUCCUGUCUAUGUAUCUGGUGAUCCUGCUGGGCAAUGGGGUCCUCAUCCUGGUGACCAUCCUUGACUCCCGCCUGCACACGCCCAUGUAUUUCUUCCUGGGGAACCUCUCCUUCCUGGACAUCUGCUACACAACCUCUUCAGUUCCUCUAGUCCUGGACGGCUUCCUCACUCCCAGGAAAACCAUCUCCUUCUCAGGCUGUGCCAUGCAGAUGUUCCUCUCCUUUGCCAUGGGAGCCACAGAGUGUGUGCUUCUGGGCAUGAUGGCAUUUGAUCGCUAUGUGGCCAUCUGUAACCCCCUGAGGUACCCUGUGGUCAUGAGCAAGGCUGUCUAUGUGCCCAUGGCUAUCAGCUCCUGGGUGGCUGGUGGAGCCAACUCCUUGGUGCAGAUCUCUCUUGCAGUACAAUUACCCUUCUGUGGGGACAAUGUCAUCAACCACUUCAUCUGUGAGAUCCUGGCUGUCCUGAAGUUGGCCUGUGCUGACAUCUCCAUCAAUGUGAUCAGUAUGGGGGUGGCCAAUGUGAUCUUCCUGGGGGUCCCAGUUCUGUUCAUCUUUGUCUCCUACAUCUUCAUCCUCACCACUAUCCUGAGGAUCCCCUCAGCUGAAGGGAGGAAAAAGGCUUUCUCCACCUGCUCUGCCCACCUCACAGUUGUGGUCAUCUUCUAUGGAACCAUCCUCUUCAUGUAUGGGAAGCCCAAAUCCAAGGACCCCCUGGGGGCAGACAAGCAGGACCUUUCAGACAAGCUCAUCUCCCUCUUCUAUGGACUUUUAACUCCUAUGCUCAACCCCAUCAUCUAUAGUCUGAGGAACAAGGAUGUUAAGACCGCGGUGAGGUACCUGGUGGCUCAGAAACACUUCACCCAGUGAUGCUGGGAUAUAUCGUGACCCACACACUCUGGUUCACUUGAGAAAGUCAAUGCAAAGUGAUGCUAGGUGAGGGGCAAAUUGAAUUCAGAGCCACGCUGCUCAUAGUGUGGUCCAUGGAGCAACAGUGUUAGCAGCACCUGGGAGCUUAUUAGACAUGCGGAAGGGGCCCAUUCCAGACUUAACUGAAUUGGAAUCUACAUGUUAACAAGAUCCCUCAGGAGAUUCAUGUGCGUGUUAAGCCUUGAGAAGUACUGGUUAAGAGUGUAUAGUGGGUGGUGUGGCGAGUGUACUACCCAGACCCCGCCUCUCUCUCCCUUAGGGGCUUUGGCUCCUGUUACCCCAGCCACUGGGAGUACUGGUGGCAAACAACAUUCAGUUAGUUGCUGCACUGGCUUGCCCUUGGCCCAUGAGGGUUACGUGGCAGUUCAAGUUCUUCCUCUGCACUGUCCUGCUUCCUUCACCUCCACCCCACAGGUAUUGAUCUUAAGAGCACUCUCCAGUCAACAUCCUGCAUGAAAAUCUCCCCACCAGAGUCAACUUCCUGGGAAAGCUUACCCACAACAGAAAACAAUUAUCAAAUCUCA